AUGUCGGGUUCCCUGGGACAGACACUCUUUGCCUCGUUGCUUCUGGUGUGUAUUAGUGGUGUCAACGCCCAGGUACUGGCUCCCACCAACGAUAUCCUAUCGCCGUCUACUUCGACAAACCAAAACCCUCUUAAAUAUGCCGGGGGGAAUAGUCCUUACUUCGCCGGUCCCAAUGUCUUUGGAAUCGAUAACAGCGUGCCUGAAAAGUGCUCGGUCCAGCAAGCCGCUUAUGUCGUGAGACACGGCAGCCGCUUCCCAGAUUCUGGCUCCUAUGAAUCAUGGGUGGGUAUCAAGGAGAAGAUCCAAGCUGCCGUCAAUAGCACCGGAUUUCAGGCCCGUGGAUCCUUGGCCUUCAUACCAGAAUGGACUCCCGUUCUGACCAAUCCAACCUUGCAAAUGUCCCAAGAGUCAAUGACGGGGUGGAAGGAGGCGAAUGAUCUCGGCUACCAGCUGCGGGCCCGAUAUCCCCAUUUCUAUGAAGAUGGAAGCCCAUUCUACGCGUGGGCGAAUGCUUACCAGUAUCCGCUAAACGAGUCGAGAGUCGUUCAAACUGCCCGUGCCUUUGUCAAUGGAUACCUUUACGAGUAUGCUGACACCUACGGCACUGUGGUCAGCGUGAACUCGACCGGCUCCGUCAGUGCCAUCGGCAACUCCCUGGGACCCUCCGAUAUGUGUCCGGCAUUUUCUUCUAUUUCAAGCGGAGGAAAUAAUGUUACUGAUUUCGACGCUACCUGGACUCCCAAAGCGCUCGAACGCAUCAACUCCCUCGUCAGUGGCAAUCUCACAUUUGAUGAGAGCGAUAUCCUCUUCUUCCCGUAUCUGUGCGGGUACGAAAGCCAAAUUACCGGACGCCUGAGCCCCUGGUGUGGAGUGUUCACCGAGGAUGAGCUACGCAACUACGCUUAUUCGCAGGACUUGAGCUACUACUACAAGGUCGGCCCUGGUUCCGUUGGUCCGGCCAAGGUUCUAUUCCUACCUUUCCUAAACAGUCUGCUGGACCUUCUAAGCAAGGGGCCUGGUCAGAUUGGCACCAAUGUGGACGGGGGAAGCUUCACCAUUCCCAACCUAAUCAUGGCCUUCUUGAAUGAUAAUCAGAUCGCCGAGAUGACCGCUGCCAUGGGCAUCUUCGAUGACGAGCCCUCCCUGCCUACCAACCAGCUCCCCACCCACCAUCUGUAUAAUGUUGCGAAUUGGAUCACCAUGCGGGGGACGGUUGCCUUUGAGGUUUUGAACUGCGAGGUCGAGUCUCGACGCCAAACAUUCAACAAAACCUAUGUCCGCGUCCUGUUCAACGACGCCGUCUACCCCAUCGCUCACUGCCAAGAUGGACCUGGCCGGAGCUGUUUGUUGUCUGAUUAUAUCUCCCUUCUUGAGAAGAAAAGCAAAGGUGCGGGUAGCUUCAACGAAUAUUGCAAUGUGACGGUGGCAGAUGCCCCCAGCCCGGUCGCGGGCGCCAGCUUCUUCACGGACCUGAGCCUCGACUUUUUGACGUUUGUCAAACCAUGA